UAUCUUUGUGCCAACAGGGAGCAAGAACAAGAAACAUAAAAAGAGGAACGUUUGAUGGAAGAAAAGAAAAAGAAAAAGCAGGAAGAAAAGAAAAAGAAGGAAGGUGCUCAGAAAAAGGCUGCUGAUCAAAAAACCAAAGUGCCAGAACCUACUAAGACCUGUUCGAGCCAGCCCCCACCUGCUGGUCCCGGUCCCAGCCCUGCCACCAGCACUCUCUCCGGCAGCAGCAAUGGCAAGCGCGCAGCAACCAGCGGCCAGCAACCCGCUGCCUCCCGCUACCUGCCUCGAGAGGUGCCUCCGCGCUUCCGCCAGCAAGAACAGAAGCAGCUACUGAAGCGAGGUCAGCCACUGCCGACAGGGGCCCUGACCGGCGGGAGCCCAGCCCAAGGUGCUGGGCCCACUGGGACCAGUCCCCCUCCUCUCCCUGGAGCCGGAACGCAGCCGCAACCCAGUAAGCUCCAGCCAGAUCUCGGUCACGGUGCAUUGGCAGAGCAUUAUGACCCUCCCUCCUGGGGCCAGCAGCCCACCCACAGGAGUGACGCCGACUGCGGCUGGGACCAAGGGAUCCUAGACCGGACGGAGAAGGAGGCGUGGCCUGGCAUCACGGGCACCGAGCCGGAGCCUGCCUCAGAAUGUCCCGCAGACACUGACUCGGCCUCCAACUGUGGCUCCGAGAAGAGUAGCAUGGCUACAGGGAGUGCCCAGGGCACCUUCAGCGGACACACCAAGAGGACAAAUGGCAGUAAUGGCACCCACGGCGCACUCGUCCAAAGCCCUUCGAAUCCGAGUGCCCUUGGGGCUGGGGGAGCGGGUGGGAGCGGCUGCGGGGGCAGCACGGCCCGCGUGUGGGGUGUAGCCACCAGCUCCCACUGCGCUCUGGGCGGCGGGGAUGGGAAGAUGGACACCGUGAUGGGCGAGGGGAGAAGUCCGAGCUGCUGGGGGACGGCCGGUGCCAGUGCUGGCAUCAGUCUCAACCUUAACCCCAGUGCCAACCCGGCAGCUUGGCCAGUGCUCGGACAUGAAGGAGCAGUGGCCGCAGGCAACCCUUCCAGUAUUUGCAGUCCGGCCAGUGCCAUCGGUCAGAACCUGGGCAGCCAGAACGGGAAGCCGGCGGGCGCGGCGAGUGCCUGGGGGAGCCUGCUGCCGCCAGAGAGCACAGAGCCACAGGCGCCCGCCUCCGCACCCGCCUCCUUCAGCGUCCAACCUCAGAACCUUAACACUGACGGACCAAGUAACACUAACCCUGCCACCACCUCCCCGAGCCCUCUCAGUGCAAUGCCGCCCAACGGGCUGCCCAACUGGGGCCUGGCUGUCGGCAUGGGCGCCGUCAUCCCCCCCCACCUGCAAGGCCUUCCUGGUGCUAAUGGGCCUUCGGGCUCUCCCAGCAGCGGCAGUGGGGGCAGUGGGGAAGGACUCAGCAGCUCGGUGUGGGGACUGUCCCCUGGAAACCCUGCCCCUGGAAACAGCAGCUCUGGGUUCAGCCAGGGCAGCGGAGACACUGUGAACUCCACGCUGAGUGCGAAGCAGAACGGAUCCAACACCGCUGUGCAGAAGGAAGGAGGUGGCGGGGGUGCCUGGGACUCGGGGCCUCCUGCCGGCCCGGGGAUCCUCGCGUGGGGACGGGGCGGUGGUAACAGUGGCGUCGGGAACAUCCAUUCAGGAGCUUGGGGCCACCCUGGCCGCAGCACUGCCAACGGUGUGGGCGGGGAGUGGGGGAAGCCCCCCAACCAGCAUUCCAGCAGUGACAUCAACGGCAAAGGACCGACGGGGUGGGACGGGCCCGGGGGCAGCAGCCAGAGCCCUGCCGGGCAGCUGGGCAGUGAGCACAUGAGCACCUGGGCCAAAGCUGCGCCUUCUGGCACUUCGGCCAGCGAAGGCAGCAGCGAGGGCUCGGCCGGCCACGGCGAAGGAGGCUGUGGACGGGACGCUGCAGACAGCCGCCGACGGGAGAAAGGGCUUCUGGACCAAGGGCACAUUCAGUUGCCAAGGAGUGAUCUGGACCCGAGGGUUCUGUCCAAUACUGGUUGGGGCCAGAUUCCAGUACAGCAGAACACGGCUUGGGAGUUUGAAGAGUCCCCUAGGUCCGAGAGGAAGAAUGACAAUGGGACGGAGGCCUGGGGGUGCGCGGCUACUCAGCCCCCCAGCUCCAGCGGGAAGAACAGUGGGUCCGUCAUGGACGGUGCAAAUACCUCUUCAGUAUCCGGGUGGGCUAGCUCCCCUCCCGCUGCUGUGCCAGCCUCCGCAGGCUGGGGCGAGGGUAGCGGCAAAGCGCCAACCGGCCCCGGGGUGUGGGGGGACUCACUGAGCUCAGCUGCUACCAGCAGUGCUGCUGCCGCCAAGAGCGGCCACGUGUGGAGUGGGACCGCCGGUCAGGAGGACAAGGCACCCGCCUGGGGGGAGCCCCCAAAGCCCAAGCCACAGACCUGGGUGGACGGGCCCAAGCCCAGCCCAGCCUGGAGCGCUGGAGGUGGGGACUGGGCCGAGUCCCCGUCUGUCCUGGGACACUUGGGGGACGGAAAGAAAAACGGCUCUGGGUGGGACGCUGACAGCAGCCGCUCCGGGGCCGCUUGGACAGAACCUGGCCGGGCCGGGCCCAGCAGCUGGGGCAACGGGGCGAAUGCCAAGGCGAAUCCCGGGACUAACUGGGGGGAGUCCCUGAAGCCCGGCCCCCAGCCAAGCUGGGCAAGCAAGGCCCCCGACAACAGCGUGAGUAGCUGGGGUGGGGCUGCUUCCGUGAAACAGACGGGACCCGGUUGGGGGAAGGCCAAGGACACCAGGGAGGCCACGGGCUGGGAGGAGCCUUCGCCACCGUCCAUCCGCCGCAAGAUGGAGAUCGAUGACGGCACCUCCGCGUGGGGCGACCCUAGCCACUACAACAACAAAAGUGUGAACAUGUGGGACAGGAACAACCCCGGCAUCCAGAGCGGCGCAGCUGCCAACACGGCCACCGUCGCCACCAGUAACAACAGCACCACAUCCCAUAUGGUCCCCCGACCCUGCCAGGCUGGCAGCAGGGUGGACAAAAUGCCUGCCCUGGCCCCUGUCUCAUCAGGCUGGGGAGAAAUGCCCAGUGUCCAUUCGAAGGCUGAAAGCUCCUGGGGAGAACCGUCCUCCCCCUCCACCCUGCUCGACAACGGCACCGCGGCAUGGGGCAAGCCGCCCGGCAGUGGCAGCGGAUGGGGGGCCCAGCCAGCUGAGCCACCCGUGACCUUCGGACGAGCCAGUGCCCCUGCUGCCGCCCCGGCCCUGUGCAAGCCAGCUUCCGAAUCUAUGCAAGAAGGCUGGGGCAGCAGCGGGGACGGCAUGGCCCUGGGGACCGGCCAGUGGGGGGACGAAGAUGGCGGCAUGUGGAGCAAUGCGACUCCCCAGGAAAGCAGCUCCUGGGGGAACGCCCCCAAGAAAGGACUCCAAAAGGGCCUGAAAGCACCUGGCAAGCAGGACGAGGCCUGGGCCCUGAACCGGCUCACCAGACAACUCACAGACAUGGGCUUCCCGAGAGAGCCAGCCGAAGAGGCCUUGAAGAGUAAUAACAUGAAUCUUGAUCAGGCCAUGAGCGCUCUGCUGGAAAAGAAGGUGGACAUGGACAAGCGUGGCCUGGGAGUGGCUGACUACAAUGGCAUGGUCACCAAAGCCCUCGGCUGCCGCCCACCGAUCUCCAAAGAGUCUUCCGUGGACCGCCCCACCUUUCUUGACAAGGACGGCGGCCUAGUGGAAGAGCCCACGACUUCACCAUUCUUGCCUUCGCCAAGCCUGAAGCCCCCCCUUCCAAACAAUGCACUCCCUAAUCAGGCCCUUGGGGGGGUUGCCUCUGGGCUGGGCAUGCAAAACUUGAAUUCUCGACAGCUCCCGAGUGGCAAUCUGGGUGUGUUUGGCAGCAGCGGAGCACCAGCGGCCAGGACCAUGCAGCCCCCUCCGCAGCCCCCCGCACCGCCCCCCAGCUCCUCCCAGCCCAGCCUCCGUGCUCAAGUGCCUCCGUUUCUAACCCCUCAGGUUCAAGCACAGCUUUUGCAGUUUGCAGCAAAAAACAUUGGUCUCAACCCUGCACUAUUAACCUCGCCACUGAACCCUCAGCAUAUGACCAUGUUGAACCAGCUCUACCAACUGCAGCUGGCGUACCAACGUUUACAGAUCCAGCAGCAGAUGCUACAGGCCCAGCGCAACGUCUCGGGCCCCACGAGACAGCAGGAGCAGCAAGUCGCGCGCACAAUCACUAACCUGCAGCAGCAGAUCCAGCAGCACCAGCGCCAGCUGGCCCAGGCCCUGCUCGUGAAGCCGCCGCCGCCGCACCUGUCUCUGCACCCCGCUGCAGGCAAGCCGGCCGCCGACAGCUUCCCCCCACACCCCCCGGACCUGCAGACCAAAGAGCAGCAGUCUCCGCCCAACUCCUUUGCUCCUUACCCACUUGCUGGACUCAACCCGAAUGUGAAUGUCAGCAGCAUGGACAUGACAGGGGGCUUGUCCGUGAAGGACCCGUCUCCGUCCCAAUCACGCCUCCCUCAGUGGACGCACUCCAACCCCAUGGAUAACUUGCCCGGUGCUGCUUCUCCUCUCGACCAGAACCCCAGCAAGCAUGGUGCUAUCCCUGGGGGCCUAAGCAUCGGGCCUCCAGCCAAGUCCUCCAUGGAAGACUCCUAUAGCCGGUACGAGCUAAUCCCAAAUAGCGAGUCGCCAGCCAGCCCUCCCGGGGCCGUUCCCCAUAGCUGGGCCCGUGCCAAAUCCGACAGUGAGAAGAUCUCAAAUGGCUCCAGCGUCAACUGGCCCCCAGAAUUCCAUCCUGGAGUUCCAUGGAAAGGACUUCAGAGUAUCGACCCCGAGAAUGACCCUGACGUCACCCCUGGAAGUGUCCCCACGGGGCCCACCAUUAACACCACCAUCCAAGAUGUCAACCGCUACCUCCUCAAGAGUGGAGGCCCGUCCCCGCCGUCGUCUCAGAGUGCCGCGCUGCCUUCCUCCAGUGCCUGGCCGCUCAGUGCCUCCGGCUACACACGCUCGCUCGGCAGCCUCGCGCCAGCACCCAGCAUUGCAGGUAAACUGUCGGACAUUAAAUCGACGUGGUCCUCAGGGCCCGCCUCACACGCACAAGCGUCCCUGUCCCACGAGCUCUGGAAGGUGCCCCGGAACUCAGCGCCCACACGGCCUCCGCCGGGGCUCACCAACCCCAAGCCUUCCUCCACCUGGGGAGCCAGCCCGCUCGGCUGGACCAGCUCCUACUCCUCAGGUUCUGCCUGGAGCACCGACACCUCAGGCAGAGCAAGCAGCUGGCUCGUGCUCCGCAACCUCACACCCCAGAUCGACGGCUCCACGCUGCGGACGCUGUGCCUGCAGCAUGGGCCCCUGGUCACCUUCCACCUGAACCUGACGCAGGGCAACGCCGUGGUACGCUACAGCUCCAAGGACGAGGCUGCCAAAGCCCAGAAGUCGCUGCACAUGUGCGUGCUGGGGAACACCACCAUCUUAGCCGAGUUUGCUGGGGAAGAAGAGGUGAACCGCUUCAUAGCCCAGGGCCAAGCCCUGCCUCCCACGUCCAGCUGGCAGUCGAGCACCGGGACCAGCCAGGCCCGGCUGGGCGCCUCGGCCAGCUCCCAUGGCUUGGUCCGCAGCGACGCUGGACACUGGAACACGCCAUGCCUGGGCGGCAAGGGGAGCGGCGACCUGCUAUGGGGUGCGGUCCCCCAGUACUCGAGCAGCCUGUGGGGGCCCCCCAGCACCGAGGACAGCAGGGUGAUUGGCAGUCCCACCCCCCUGAACACUUUGCUCCCAGGAGACCUUCUCAGCGGGGAGUCCAUCUAGCCUGGUGCCGAGCCCGAUGCCCCUCUGGCCGGCGCCACACGAGUACCUCUGUCCAGAACUGAAGGCCGGGCCUGCGGCUGCUGUCCGCGUCGCAUGCUGCCCGCCCACAGGAUGUUUCUCGUAGCUUUUGAUUUCAUGUCGUCUUAUGUUUGUCUGGUGUAUGUCAUUUUGAUUUGUGUGUGUUUUGUGUGUUUGUGUGUGUGUAUUUUUUUUAAGUAUAAAAGCUGCUUAGAAUAGUUGUAUCAUGAAGGGCACUUUUCAGACUGUGGGCUGGAAAGGGUGAUGUGAUCACGGGGGUGACGGAAAGGGGCCUGGGCAGCCGGUUUCCACGCGCCUGGGACGACGAUGCACAUUUCCGGAGGCGCCAGCUACUGCCCCGGGCGCGCCUCACCAUCGGCCCAGCCGGUCCCUGCAGAGCCGCCCAUGCACACGUCCCUUGUUCCAUUACUUCUUCAUGUCAUUUUUUAAUCCCCCCCAAAAUUAUUUUUUAAAUGUUAAGAGAAGAGACAUAUCAAACAUGCAAAUACUUGAACCCAGCAGGCCAAUACUGAAAUGUGAACACCUUCCGUCGGCACAGACGGCUCGAGGGCAUCGAGGCAGGCCUUUCGUGCACAGCCUGCAUACGUGUGCGAGCAUGUGUGUGCACGCCAGGGCCCGCGGGGGCCUUGGGUCUCCCUGCAAUUCAGCAUAUGCUCUUCGGGCGCAUCGGUCAAACGUUUGUUACCCCUUCAGCUUCUGCCUUUGCACUGAGUGUCUCUGCCCUUCCCACCCACCACAGAGAAGUCACAGGACAGGGCUGGCGGCAAUUCACGUGUAAAUGUUUACUCAAGGACUCGGAUUGCGUUGAAAACUUACAGUGUAUAUCUCUGGAGAAAGAAUCCUUUAUAUACCUACCUUCAGCAGCUUUUCUAUUUGCGGACGAACGCCGGAACACGAACGAUCCCCAGAGCCGAGCACUGUUGCUCUCUCUCGGGAAUACAGAGGUGAAGAGAAGCUGGCGAGGGGGGACAGGAACACGCACUUGGACUGGGCGGUGAUGCGCUCGGGGGCCACGCUCGGGCUCCCACCUGUUUACAGACCUUUUUUUCCUCCUCCUUCAGACUUUAAAAUAAAAAAUAAAAGUUUUUUAAAGGAAUUAAAAAAGAAAAAAAUGAAAAAAAAAAAAAAAGACUUCCGUGGUAAAGAGCCCUAUUUUCAGAUGUGGAUGCGCUACUCAGCUCUGGGAUUGGACAGUGUUGUCCCCUCCGGCCAUCGUCGAACUGACGCCGUGUCGCUGACUUGCACAUGCGGUGUGCUCUCAGGAAAGCCAGGUUCCCGAGGGGCAGCCGCCAACCAUUCAUGUAUUUUAAACCCGACUCCUAGCACUGAAGAUGUUAUUAAAAACCAACAAAAAAAAAUAAAGGAAAAAAAUGAAAAAAAAAAGAAAAAAACCCACAAAGAAGAAUACCUAAUCUCUAAUGUGUAGCAGUUACAUAUUUACCAAAUAAUGGACUCGAGAGAAAUAGAUGUUUGAAGAGUGCUUUAUAUAUUAAAAAUUGCUUUAUGUUUUUAAAAAAAAUGAUCAAUGUUUUGAUUGUUUUGCAAGAAAGACAGACAAUGGAGUAACAUACUCUCGAGUGUGUUUUAAAAAUAUAUAUAUGAACAUUGUGCUCCCUGCCUGCUUGAUCAGGAAACUUGUGCAUUACAUUUUUUUUUAAAAAUUAGCUUUUUAAUGGUUUGUUUUAUCAAAAGAAAAAAAUCGAAAAUAAAAUAAAAAAGGAAAAACAUUUUUAAAAGUCAAAAAAAAAAUAAGUAAAGGGUUCCACAAACUUGCAGAUCCACAAAAGCUGGUUUUCUAGAGGAUCAUGAACUAUGCACAAACGGGGUUCCAGCCUUGUAAGCCCUCGGGCUGAGUGUAGUGUACGCAGCUAGACGCCCCUCAAGACACCCCUCGGUUCGUGCACCUCAGCGCCGCCCCUUGUGUGGUGCCUGUCAGGCACGCAUGUGCGUGCAGGUGGGCAGGCGUGCAGCUUCCUGCUGCCAGUCAGCAUCGAGUUGUCAAAAAACUCCUGAGACUUUGAAAUUGGGGAUGGAAGUAAGUCUGUUUUUUGGGGUUUUUUUUUUUUUGUUGAUGUUGUUGUCGUCGUUGGGUUGGGCGGCGGGGGGAGUUUUUGUUUCUUUGACCCUUUAUUUUGAAUUCAUGUCUGUAACGCUGAGAUUAAACAAAAAAAAAAAACAAAAAAAAAACAAAAAACAAGUUUGUGACUUUUAAUGUUUUCUCCUCAUAGAAUGUGACUGUCAAGAGAACAGGGCCCCCUAAGAGUGGCUUCCACAAGUACAAUGCUUUGUUGAAUCUGAAUAAAUUGCAAUUUUUUUUCUUGGCUGUUCAAAUAAAUGGGGGGUCUGU